UGACAAGAAAACCCCCAGUAUGUUCUACCAAUCUCUCUCAACCGUUUUUCUCUCUCUCUCUCACGCACACAUUUUGCUCACACAAUGAGCGUACAAAAGCGCCGAAUAUCGAUCAACCGGCAUCAGUCAAACGUAAACAGUGAAAGUGUUGGCGUCAAAUUAAAAUCUUCUACUCCUCUUAUCGUGUUCUUAACGGCAACAGCAUGUCAACCGAAAAUGCAGAUAAUACUGAGUCACACCCAUCCUGGCUAAAUUUAGAGUUCUUUCACUCAAUAUUGCGCAAUAAUAGACACCUUCCCAGCUCCAGUGAUUCUCUCUGUGUGAAAUCCAUCAAUGUUGAGCCCGCCACAGCGAUAGGAGACAAUUAUAUGUCUAGUAUUUACAGAGUGAUCAUCGAAUACACCCUUCAUCGUGACACUGAUGAAAAGAACACCUUAUCAUUAGUUGUGAAGGUGUUGCCUGACUCCGGCCCAAUUGAGGAGAUCAUAGAGAAAUACAAUGCCUUUCCCAAAGAGAUCAAGAUAUAUUCCGAAAUUAUUCCCGCUCUCGAAGAGAUUUGGCAGAGAGCUGGACAUUCAGUGCAGUUCGGCCCAAAAUGCUGGUUCACUUCAGAGACACCAAGAUCGGUGAUUGUUAUGGAUGAUCUCAAGGCGAUCGGAUAUGGAAUGUUGCCACGACAGAAAGGAUUGACUAUAGAAGAGACGAAAACGUUGCUCACCAAAUUAGCCAAAUUUCAUUCAGCCUCUGUUAUCCACUAUGAUGAGAAUGGCCCAUACGACAAUUUAUUCAACGAGGGAAUUGCCCGGAUGGACGUUAGAGAAGGCAUGGAACAAUAUUACGGUUCAAUGUAUGCUGGCCUCAUGGAGAUGCUCGAAUCAUCGGAUUUUGCAUUGCCUUACUUGCCAAAAUUGAGGAAAUGGAAGAAUAGAAUCUUCGAAACCAACUACCGUUUGACCUUAGCCGAAGACAAUUCAUUCAAUGUCCUCAAUCAUGGUGAUUCUUGGACAAACAAUCUCAUGUUUAGACAUCAACAUGGAACGCCUGAAGUUCUCUUAGUCGACUUUCAACUCAGUUCCUGGACAUCUCCAGCGAUUGAUCUUAUCUAUUUACUCUUCAAUGCAUGCAAUUCAGAUGACUUUUUCACACAUUUUGAUCAAUUGAUUCAAUUCUACUAUUCAGAACUCAAAAGGGAUUUUGAGCUGUUGCAAAAGCCCGAGAAAAUCCCCAAAUUUGAAGAGAUAAAUAGUGCAAUUCAUCGCAAAGGUUUCUUCGGUGCAAUGUUUAUAGUUGAAUCAAUUCCAAUUAUGAGAUCAGAUCCUGAUGUGAAGGUGAAUUUGGACCUCAUUGUGGAUGAACACAACGAAGAGGGACAAAUUUUGAAGAGAAAAAUAUUUUCAUCUGAGCUUGUGAAGAGAAUAUAUAAACGAUUGCUUCCAUUCUUGGAUGAGAGAAACUUUUUAGACAUUCCCGAGUGAUAAGUUAAAUAUGUACUGCGUAUGCCAAGCGGUAUGUAAAUGAAAAAAUAAAUAAAUGAGGAUAUUU